GUUGGAUUCAAAAUGUUAUGGUGGCAAUGGACCACCACCAUGUUGUUUGUAUUGGGAUAUCUAGCAAAGAAAAGUAAACCCAGAAAGAUUUAUCCAAAUUCCAAAAAGACUGGAAAGAAUGACUGGACAGUGUUAUGGGAGGCAGUUACCGUAGCAGCUCGACUUCAUAAAGGACGGUUCCAUUCCUUUCCCAUAAGGCAGCCCUAUUUACAAAAAGUGAUUCGAUGUUGUGAGUUGUUGAGGCGUUAUAUAGAAGACCCAACUGUUCUAUCCGCUUAUCUAUUGAGAGAUGCUUUGAUAUUUCAACCAACAGCUAUCUAUUCUUUAUCCGAUAUCUUUGAAACAGAGUUGCUGCAGUUGGUGCAAAUCUUGAUGGAAGAAAAGUCAACUUUGAACUCCUGUUUGGGUUCGCUUUCUCGUCAACAUUCGGGAAGCACAGAAAGGAAAGUGAAUGACAACGCGUUAUCUCGAAGCAACUCCAAUUUAUCCUUUUCUUCACUUCAUCACUAUUCCACUUCAUUGGCUUGUGCGUUGGACAAUUCUUUGAAUCAUUCCUUUGGUGGAAUUUAUACGAGAGAGGAUGAACUUGACAACUUUUCAUCGGAAGAUGAUAUCUCUUCACCACACAAACAAAUAGAAAAAGAGAUAUCUGUUCUUUCCAAGUGUAUUUUUUUAUCUGAAGUUUUAUUUCAUUUAUUAGAAUGGAAACAGUUAGUUGAAGAUGGUCUUAUGUUUCAAAACUCUAUUCGGUAUUGUGAAUAUGCCCGAGAAGUAGUGGGCUUUAUGCGUGGUUCGAAUGUUCAACUCGAAGAAGAAAUUGACCAACUCAUCGAGCAUAUAGAGAAUAGAGGGACCAACAGUUGAAAGAAUAGUAAUGACAAUUGGAUGGAAUGAAACGUGAACUCUAUAUUGAAGAGUGUUUCA